AGGAGUGUAAUUAACUGAAUAAUCAACGCUUGGCCAUCAUGCUUACGGAUCACGAACGUCGUAAGCAAAUCAGUGUACGUGGUAUUGCGCAGGUGGAGAAUGUGGCUAACAUCAAGAAGGCAUUCAAUCGACAUUUACACUUCUCGCUCAUUAAGGAUCGCAAUGUAGCAACUCCUCGAGAUUAUUACUUUGCUCUGGCACACACUGUGAGAGAUCAUCUCGUGAGUCGUUGGAUUCGCACACAACAAUACUAUUAUGAAAAGGAUCCAAAACGUGUAUAUUAUCUCUCGCUAGAGUUCUAUAUGGGUCGCACUCUAUCGAAUACGAUGAUGAAUAUUGGUGUGCAGGCGGCUAUUGAUGAGGCUUUAUAUCAGUUAGGGCUGGAUAUCGAGGAGUUGCAAGAGAUCGAAGAAGACGCAGGCUUGGGUAAUGGUGGACUUGGCCGUUUAGCGGCAUGCUUCAUGGACUCUCUGGCCACAUUGGGUAUUGCCGCCUACGGCUAUGGUCUUCGCUACGAGUACGGUAUAUUCAAGCAGUUGAUUCGUGAUGGAUGGCAAGUGGAAGAGCCGGAUGAUUGGCUGAGAUUCGGGAAUCCAUGGGAGAAGGCACGACCCGAAUAUAUGCUACCGGUGAACAUGUACGGUAAUGUUGAGAAGGAUGCACAGGGCAAUAGUCGUUGGGUGAAUACACAUUUGGUGUUUGCGAUGCCCUACGAUACACCCGUACCGGGAUUUCGUAACAAUGUGGUGAAUACGUUACGGUUGUGGUCUGCAAAAGCCGAGAAUCACUUCCGUUUGAAAUUCUUCAACGACGGUGAUUACGUUCAAGCGGUGAUGGACAGAAAUCUAUCGGAGAAUAUCACUCGUGUGUUGUAUCCGAACGAUAACAUUUUCGAAGGCAAAGAGUUACGUCUGAAACAACAGUACUUCUUGGUAGCGGCCACUUUGCAAGACAUCAUUCGCCGUUUCAAGUCGAGCAAGUACGGCUGUCGUGAUACGAUCCGUGCCAACUUCGACACAUUCCCCGAUAAAGUGGCGAUUCAGUUGAACGAUACACACCCGUCCAUCGGUAUUCCGGAACUGAUUCGUUUGCUCGUGGACGUUGAGGGUAUAACGUUUGAGAAGGCGUUCCAAAUUUGUGUGAAAACAUUUGCGUACACCAAUCACACGUUGCUACCCGAGGCGUUGGAACGUUGGCCAGUUUCGUUGAUCGAGAACAUG